AAAAUGUGAAUCCUGUACACUAAAUUAACGAAUUUGCAUUAUUUUUAACAAAAUAUGUUGCUUAAAAAAGUUAUAUAUGUAUCCAAAAUUUUACAAUAUUUUUAUAAAGAAAAUUGUUUACAUGACGAAAUGUUGACAUCUGUAAAUAACUUCAUUUGACAUGAUCAACAUAUGUAUUUAAUCUUCACUAAGUACAGAGUGAAAUAACAAUUAUUCUCCGUUAUACUUAUUUUACUAAAAACAAACAUCAAUAUGAUAAGAGUGUAUAAAACGCUAAAUGGCGUGGAGACUAGUUUGUUGUUAUGGGGUGAUCCAUUUAAUACCAACGGGAAAGAUGUCAUACUUUGCCUCACUGGAAAUCCAGGAGUUACCGACUUCUACAUUGAAUUUGCAGCAGAGUUGUUUAAAUUACGAUCAAUGCCGAUAUGUGUUAUUGGUCAAGCCGGCCAUGAAGAAGUACCCCAUGAGAAAUCAAACAUUUUAUGUAAUCAAGAACAUUUAUUUAAUCUUGAAGGUCAAAUUAACAAACUUGACCUUAUCAAUAAUUGCAUUGAUAAGAAAAGCAAAUUACAUUUAAUUGGACAUUCUAUUGGAGCAUGGCUGAUAAUAGAAAUUUUGCAAAGAAAUUCAGCACUAAUACAUAGGUUGUCAUCUGUAAAUUUGCUUUUCCCAACUUUACAAAGAAUGGCAGUCAGUCCCAAUGGAAAAUAUAUUAACAACACAUUACGACAGAUAUUUAGUUAUGUAUUAUUAAUACUGAAGCUAAUAAGGAUUCUUCCAAAUUGUAUAAAAAAAUUCCUCAUUGAUUUGUAUUUAUUACUAAAAUCUUUACCACCUCACUACUAUGAAAGAAUUUACAAAGUUUUGAGCCCUAGUGUGAUGGAAAAGGUAAUGUUUCUAGCAUUUGAUGAGAUGGACACAGUUGUGGAACUAAAUAAAGAUGGAAUUCAGAAAAUAAAACAUGUAACAAAUGUUAUUUUUAGCAAUUGUGAUAAUUGGGCACCAUUGAGUUAUAUGGAAGAUUUAAAAGUUUACCAACCAGAACUACAAUUGCUUGAAGUUAAGGUUGAACAUGCAUUUGUUUUGAAGUCUUCUCUAGAUAUAGCCCAAAUGGUGUCUGAAUAUAUUGAAACCAAAUUUUGAUAAUAGUUCACCAAUAUGUUUAGAUAAAUCAGCUUUAAUGCUGCAUUCUAUUUGGUUCUAUUAGUUUAGUGUGGGUUUAAUAUAAGGAUAUAAGGGUUUCAUUCAAAUAAUUCUUAAGGAUAUGUGCACUUAAAUUUAUUAAAUUAACAUACUUAACAUUCAUUACAUCAUAUUUUGAGAUUGCAGUCUCUAAAAGUCGCAUUUAAUUUUGAAGUUGUUUAUAAGAUUCAAAUAGUUUGGUACCUACACUUUUUAAACGUCAUUCAAGUCCAUAUAAAGAAACGACAGAUAAAUAUAGCUAUGAAGAAAAUAAAUGUAUCCCUAAUUCUUUAACACCCAUAAAAUAAAUAAGGUUAAAUAGUUUAAUUUUUUUUGUAUAUUUUCUUUUAAGUACCAAGAUAGCAAAUCAUGCAUGUACCUCUACAAUGGCACUUAGAUACCUGUAUCAAUCAAUUAGCUUCUCUAAGUUUUAAAGUAAAAGCUGUUGUAAGUAUAUGUAAUUUAUUUAAAUUUUAAAUUAUUAUAUAAUGUGUUGAACGUGAGAUUAAGUAUUGGCAUUUAUAGGAUUUAACUUAUUAUUUAAGUGAAUAUAACUACGAUAAUUUCUAUAAAUCUUGGAAAUAAUAUACAGUUUAUAAUAACUUCAGUAUGUCUAACUAAAAAGAGCUGUU